AACGACUUUACCUUUGUUCACACACUCUCACCAAAACUUUGUUUCUUCUUCUUCCUAGAGAAUUUCAAAACUCUCAAUGGAUUGGUUCUCAUGGCUCUCCAGGACCAAUCUCGAAGCUUCUCUUAUCUAUGAGUACGGUCUCUCCUUCUCAAACAACGAGCUCGAGUACGAAGACGUUGCCUACUUCAACCACGAGUUUCUUCUCAGCAUGGGCAUCUCUAUCGCUAAGCACCGCCUCGAGAUCUUGAAGCUCGCUCGCCGUGAUCGUAAACCUUCUCCGCUCACCGCUCGCUCCAUCUCCCGAGUCUUGAUUGCCAUCAAGAAGACCGGCAGAUGCUUCUCCGAUUACGUCCGAGCCUGGAUCCGGCGGGAGGAAUCGUCUCGGGCACUCGUGCUUGUGUCCAGCAGCAGCGGGAACGGGAGAUGGAAGAAAGGAGCGUUGUUGAAGAGGAAGAAGACAUCGGUCAUGCCGAGCUACGUAUAUGGCGGAAAGGAAGAGAGGCUGUUGCUGACGAAUGGGACUCCUCCUCCUCCUCCUCCUCCUCCGUGUAUGCUCGAUUGCGGCGAUGAUGCUUAUUGGGGAAACAAAGAUGUUGACGAUAUCAUCAAAUGGGAUUCUAUGUUUCACAACCUCAAACCUACUUGAAUUCUCCUCUGUUUUUCUUUAUGCUUCUUCCAUCAACAUAUCUGAUUAUUUGAGUUUUGGCUUUAGGUUCGAAUGUGUGUGAUUAUCAUGUUUGCUAGGCUGAUUAGUUUUGACAUUAUAAUUCAGAUAGAGUUACCUUUUUUUGUAGUAUAUAUAUUGGCUUUGUUCUUUUACGUCUUGAAUCAAAUUAUCAUAUGUUGGAACUUGCAAGUUUUAA